CUUUUCUGCGCUCUUUGUCUCCGAACAUCAGGAAGUAAACAGGAACAAUAACGGAACAGCAGACGGACACCGGUGAUAAUAAAGACAAGAGACUUAUACAAAUAUCGCUGUAGCAGUGUCAGUAGCGAUGGAGGAAUAUAACUCUGGAGAGGAGGUUCUCUUCAGUGCUGAUGAGGCCAGUACGUCAGUUAAAGAGUGUAUUGAAGGUGUUCUUGGUGGAGCAGAUUAUAACCAGAGUAAAGUGAAUCAGUGGACGGCCAGUAUAGUGGAGCACUCUCUGACUCACCUGGUCAAACAGGGACGGCCGUUCAAAUACAUAGUAAACUGUACGAUCAUGCAGAAGAGCGGCGCUGGUCUUCAUACAGCCAACUCCUGCUACUGGGACACAGCCACUGACGGAAGCUGCACUGUCAGGUGGGAGAACCGCACCAUGUACUGCGUGGUCAGUGUGUUUGCUGUCGCCGUGCCUCUGUGACAGCAGCACCGAGCUGCGCCGCGCUCUCUCUCUCCCAACACCGUCAUGUGUCCGUGACCAAGAAGCCAUGGAGAUCCUCUAAUGAUACCCUCUGUUCAUAUACGAAUAGCUUCUGUGUCCACACAGGCCAGAACAUUCAACUUCAGGAUACGAGUUGUGGUUUUGUGAGUCGACAGCCUGCGUUGGUGUGACUGUGAGAAAAUGUUGCUUUGUAGAGGACCAGGAUCAGAGUGCAACUCUGAAGCAGUACUUUGUUAAGUAGUUACACUUCAAACAUCGCAUUUGCCCCAAAUGUUGUAAUCUGUGCUUUAUGUAAAACUUGAUUAGGUUUUAGUCAUGCUAGCAGCAAGGCUCUGGAGAUGUUGGUCUAUCAGUCACUACCGAAACAUCUCACCAACUAUUGGAUGGACUGCCAUGAAAUUUACUACACACAUUAUUAAAACCCCACCCAAUGCUUUGGUUUAUGACCAAAUAGCAGCAGAAUUAACAACAUUCCCAUCAGCCUUAGUUGAACUUUAGUAAACAUCACCAGGAAGAAGCUAAAAAUUGUUUAGUGCUAAUUAGUGUUAACACUACACCUGCUAAUCAUCAGCAUGUUAACAUUAUCAUUGUGAGCAGGGAUGGGAAAAAAUACAUCAAAAUGUAUUUCAAAAUAAGAUACCAAAUACUGUAAUUUAAAUUGUAUCAAAAUAAACUGUAUUAUUGUAUUUCAAAAAUACUCAAAACACUUUUCCAAGGUACAAUGAAAAGUGUUAUAACUUAUAUCUAUCAGCCUUCACCACUACACUGACUCAGAUGAUCAGGUGGACAUUGUUGGGUCAUGUGAUAAAUCAGACAUGCCACCAGGUAAUUGAUCAAAUAUUGACAUAUUCCUGUGAUCACGCAGAUAAAGAUUAGUUUUAAAGUAACAAACAGUUUCAUGUUUAUCUAACAGUUGGCUCAAACGCUUUUUUAUUUUUUAUUUAUUACAACCGAUGAAAACUGAAACUGUGGGGGCUUCUACCCGGGUCACAAAAUUAGCUAAUAGAAAAUGAUUUAGCCUAGGCUAAUAAAAUGAACAUGGACGCUUAACAGGAACUGUUAAGAAUUGUGUCAAUUUAUGCUAAAAGGGAUGGAAAGCAAUGAAAACCCACACGUUUCCCACCUCGACCUUCUUCUGCAAAUUACUGAGUAAGCCAAUCAGUGGCAGGAUUGUUAUGAUGUCAUCACAUAGACUUCUCACAUAUUUUACUGUAUUUUUAAAACUACAAAAUACAAAACACUUAAAUAUUUUGAUACAAAAUAUGAAGCAAUUUUCAUCAUCCCUUUCACAUACAAAUUACAAAAUCUUGUUUUGUCAUUUUAAAUACAUGUACCAUAAAUACUGCCCAUCCCUGAUUGUGAGCAUGUUAGCUCAUAGAUGUUAGCAUUUAGCUCAUAGCAAUGCAGUAAAGCCUCACAGAGCUGCUAGCAUCGCUGUGGACUCUUAAUCUUGUUUUAAUUUGUCUCCUUCACUACAUUCCCAAAUAAAACUGAAUGAACUUGCUGUAGUAAAAAGUUUGGUAUUUAAGAAAAAUCUGACUGUUGUGUUUUAGUAGGUAGACACUUACAUAAAGUAUAAAGUGCC